AUGGCGAACACAACACCAGAGUACUACAUCCCUUCGACAUGGGAUAUUCCACCCAACGGACCGAUAGCAUUGGGAAGCGUCAUCACGUCGCUCAAGAAGCCGCAGCGCCGGCUGACCCUCUGCACACCCAAUGGAGAUGAUGUUCUGCCGUCCAGCAAGUUUUCGGUCGAAGUCUCGAAAGAAAGAUUGAGAUCUGGUGGUUUCUCCAUCUUGACAACGUUCUUGAGCGGAUUGCUGGGUUUGGGCGUUGAUGUUGGCGCAGACUGGAAAAAUAGUGAUGAGAGAGCUUUCAAAUUCGAUCGCAUGGACACCACCACCUUUAUUCCAACAGAAGAUUACGUGAAACGCUGCAUCGACAAUGCCGGUGUGCGCCUGUUCCUGGAAACGUGUCGUUAUCGCAAACCAGUGUACAUCAUCACAGGUGUCAAGGUGGUGAGCGGUGCGCAGGGGGCCACAACCUCUUCACGCGCAGUAGAGGGCGUCGUUGGGGCGCAGGUCGAUGGAACGGUUCUGAGUGGGGGAAUGGCGCCUGUCGGCGGAGGGCCUGAGGUCAGAGGUGGGAAAGUGACCAAGAACGCUUUGUCUUGGGAGGGCAGUACUGAUUUCGUGUUUGCAUUCAAAGUAAGUGAAGUUCGCGUAAGCAAGUCAGGCGAAGUAAGGCGUGAACGCGACUACACAAAAGGUGCGCUGUACGAAGACAGACCCACGAAGGACGUGGCUGGUCCGCUUUCGAUCGUGGAGAUGCCACCUCCCGAGUCUCAGCACGGCUACAAGGCUGAGGCCGUGCAGGAAGAUGACGAUGUAGUCACAUAUGGUAUCCCUGUAUUGGAUGAUGAAUGA